CUUUCCAGAUAUAAUAAAGGAGCAGAAUCGAGAGUUAAGAGGUACACAGAGGGCUAUAACCAGAGAUAGAGCAGCACUCGAAAAACAGGAAAAACAGCUGGAACUAGAAAUAAAGAAAAUGGCUAAGACUGGUAACAAAGAAGCCUGUAAAGUUCUAGCAAAACAGCUUGUGCAACUUCGAAAGCAGAAAAAUCGAACAUAUGCUGUUAGCUCUAAAGUUACGUCUAUGUCAACUCAAACAAAGGUGAUGAACUCACAGAUGAAGAUGGCAGGAGCUAUGUCAACUACAGCAAAAACAAUGCAAGCAGUUAACAAGAAAAUGGACCCACAGAAGACACUGCAAACUAUGCAGAAUUUCCAGAAGGAAAAUAUGAAGAUGGAAAUGACUGAAGAAAUGAUUAAUGAUACUCUGGAUGAUAUUUUUGAUGCAUCAGAUGAAGAGGAAGAAAGCCAGGAUAUUGUUAACCAAGUGCUUGAUGAGAUUGGAAUUGAAAUCUCUGGAAAGAUGGCCAAAGCUCCAUCAGCUGCCAGAGGCUUACCGUCUGCAUCAACAUCAAAAGCUGCUACUAUUUCAGAUGAAGAGAUUGAACGGCAGCUCAAAGCUUUGGGAGUGGAUUAGCUUGAUGGCAACAUACAGUCUGCCUUCUAAUUAUUCAGCUGCAGACAUGUAAAAGUGCAAAUAUUCUUUCAAUGCAACUGAUGCCUAGGAAAACUCUAAAGCUUCAGAAAUAACAACUUGAAGUUGAUACUGGGGAGGGAGAAGGGGAGAAUACUUUGAAUCAGUUGACAGGGAGAACUGUGUGUCCAGUGCAUGCAGUCUUUUUAAGCACUGGACCAAAUAGGGAUCUAGUUCUAAUGACGUAUCCUUUAUACGUGAUCUGAAUCUGGCCUCUGAGUUCAAGGUCUUCUUCUAAUCUCGGUUCCUUAUAGAUCUUUAGAAUUGGCUGCUCUGCAGCUGGUGGUGAUGUCGCCUAGGACAGCACCUAUAUAAAAUAUAUCAUUUUUAUGAAAACACUGUAGAAAAGUUUAGUCUGUCACCUUAGCACAAAUUAAACUUUACUUUUGCUUUCAGUUGAAAAAUAUUUUAUUUUGAGGAGAAAUAGCCUUGAAGGUCUAGUAAAUUUAGGUAAAAAGAAAAAGCAUUUUACAUACUUCUUUCUUUCACGUUUCUGUAGUAUAUUUGAGUUGAUUAAGUAAUAGCUAACUGUUCAUUUUACUGAAUGGCGAGGAUACAGUCCUUGUGCAAUUAAUUUACUGGAAGAGGAUUCAAGUUUGUUAGUGAAUUUUGUUGCAUGAAAGGCACUGACUGAACUUCAUUGUACUGUAACAUAGCUAGUUUGAACAGAAUUGCUGUGCCUUUAUGUAUAUAAAUCUUGUACCCUUGUGACUUCUUCAGAAAAGGGUCUUUGAAAAGUGAGUAAACUAUGAUUAAGAUAGUUUUCACAAAACACUGAGAGCUCUGUGCACACUUGAUAGGACUCAGUAUGAAAGUUCAAAAAUGCACUUGUUCAGAAAUGCCACUUGCAUACUUGCAAAAAGGACAUUUGCCUGAAACAACAUUUGUAUAUAUUUUACAGUAUUUCUUAAUGGGAAGUAACUGUCUGCAAUUGUAUUGUUUACUAAGAUGCAAUUGAUCACAUUGAUAAGCUAAAUCUAAAUUUUUGUCAUGAGAACAAUUUUUGAUGAUACAUGAUAAUGACUUGUCUAAGCACUAUAAUAAAACUGUUCUGGUUCUGUGGGGGUUUUUCUAUGGUCUCUGAACUGCCUCAGCAUGACACUAGCUUUAAGUGGAACACCUUUGGCGAAAGAAAUGAGAACUGUUGAUAUUCUAAAUAGAAGAGAGAACGCAGUUCCCAGUUACAAUUUCCUGAAUAGUGUAAAGUUCCUCAGCCCUCACUCUGCUGGAGAUUAUUUGCCCCUCAGUUGUGCUGAUUUAGCAGGGCCACUCCUUGAACCAUAACAACAAAAUCAUUGUGGCUUUAAGAAGAGAAAAGCAAAAUACCUCCCCAAAGUGGAACCAGGAUAACUGGGGAGACAAACUUCUUGAAGAGACUUUGCUGCUAGUAAGGCUGUAGCAGAAAUCCAUAACCUCUAUUAAUCUACUGUCAUCACACCAUCUGCUUUUUAGGAUUGAAGUCAGCAGAAAAAGAAAAAACAUAGGUGAGCCUUCACCUGGGUUUUGACUUAGAAAUCCAGGAGCUCUUUCUCCUUGGAGGAAGUAAGGGCCAAACCGUGAAUGUGUGAGGCAGUGGGUAGGAAUGUGUAACUUUAUAUAUUGCAUACAUCUGAUAUGAGGUGAAUUUUUUUUUAUACAAUUUAUUUUGUAAAAAUCUAAUAAAAGGCUUUUUACUCCA